AUGCCUCCACCGAUUUCGGCAGAUUAUCGACCGAAUCAUAUUCCCCUUCCCAAGUUUAAUUCUGACCAAAUUACCUCCACUUACAACACUCCGCAGCAGCCUGAGCUGAUGGGAAGGGAUAUUUUCGACAUAAAUGAACCUUUUCCUAUUCGUAGCACGGAUGCAGAAAGGACUAUUGAUGAAAAGAGAAAUCAUCAUACUUGGGACGAAACAACCAAGCGGGUCGUACAGAGUAUUGUAUCCAUUAAGGGCUCUGCUUUGCGGUCCUUUGAUACGGAAAGCGCAGGUGGCUUCUGUGCUACCGGGUUUGUCGUAAACAAAAAAAAGGGAUUGAUUCUUUCAAAUCGUCACGUUGUCUCCCCUGGACCCAUUACUGCCCGUGCUUCCUUUAUUAACUAUGAAGAAAUUGACAUAUAUCCUCUUUACAGGGACCCAGUUCAUGAUUUUGGGUUCUUUCGCUACGACCCUUCUUCCAUCCGCUUCCAUGUGGUUGAUGAAAUUCCCUUAGCUCCUGAACUUGCAAAGGUCGGUUUGGACAUUCGCAUCAUUGGUAACGAUGCGGGAGAAAAGCUAUCCAUUCUGAGUUCGACAUUAGCACGCUUGGAUCGUCCUGCUCCUAACUAUGGAAUUGAUAAUUACAAUGAUUUUAAUACUUUUUAUUACCAAGCCGCAAGUGGAACUAGUGGUGGAAGCUCAGGAAGCCCUGUCCUCGAUAUAUCUGGCGCUGCGGUUGCUUUGAAUUCGGGCGGAUCCAAUAGUAGUGCGUCUUCUUUUUACCUCCCGCUCAAUCGUAUUGUUCGCGCCUUACACUGCCUGGAAAAUGAUCGUCCUAUCACUCGUGGUACUUUGCUGACUGAGUUCCUUCAUUGGUCCUACGAUGAAUUAUCUCGUAUUGGCCUCCCUAGUGAAUUCGAAAGUAAUUGUCGUAGUCGUAUUCCUGAAAGUAAUGGGUUGCUAGUAGUUUCAAAAGUUUUACGGGGAAGUGAAGCUGCUGGUGCUUUAGAACCCGGAGACGUCCUGAUUGCCUAUGAAGCCGAUAAUCAGGAUCCCAUCUAUAUUGUAGAUUUCGUCUCUUUUUUUGAAAUUAUUGAUGAAAAGGUUGGGGAGCCUACCCGCUGGCGACUUUUCCGCCCCAAGGUUGGUUACAUGGUAGUGGAAUUGCACGUUCAAGACUUGCAUGGUGUUACUCCUUCACGUUUCUUGGAAAUAGGAGGCGCCAUUCUCCAUGAUCUCUCAUAUCAACUUGCACGCUCCUACCAGUUUCCUCUCAAUUCUGGAACAUAUGUAGCUGCUUCAGGAAUGUUAAAUUGGUCAUCAGGAAGUCGAGAUUUUUUAGUAACACGCCUUGCAAAUAAACCGACUCCCAAUUUGGACGCAUUUAUACAAGUUGUAACUCACCUUCCAGACAAUGCUCGUGUUCCAAUGCAUUUUCGAGUCCUUGGAAAAUACGAAGAAGAGUUCACAAUUAUUACGAUUGACAGACAUUUUUUCAUGGCUAGCAUUUUUCGAAGAAAUGACAAAGAAGGAACCUGGGAUCGUGAGGGACUACCACCUCCUUUAAUUGCUAAGUCCCGGAGACCAAGUAUCAUUCCAAGACCAGCUGAAGGCUCUAAAAGCUUGGAGGCAAUUCAAAACUCUCUGGUUUUGAUCCAUUGCCGCAUGCCUCUGAGUAUUAAUGGUUUCAACUCCGCAAAAUCCUACCGUGGUACUGGUGUUGUUGUAUCUGUUGUGCCUCCUCUUAUCGUAGUUGACCGUACUGUUAUUCCAGUUGAUGUUUGCGAUAUUCGAUUGACUUUCCAAUCACUAAGUGCUAUGGGACGUAUCAUAUAUCUAGAUGAUCGAAUUGCAAUCUUGUCCUGCGAUUAUCUGCCGAGUAACACAGUACAACUUGACUUUGCGGCUGAUUUUAUGCGUACCGGUGAUGAAUGUACUUUAGCAGCACUUGAUGAGGACUUGCAAUUACUUACAAAGAACACGACCGUGCGAAGUGUUUCUGUUGUAGAAACCGAAAGGUCUUCUCCUCCUAAAUUCCGUUAUGUCAAUUGCGAGGUCAUUUCUUUGAUGGACUCUUCAGCCUCGACAGGCGGUUUAAUCUUCCGCGACAGAGAGGACAAACGCGAAGUUGUGGCUUUAUGGAUUUCUGUGGUCCAUCAAGAAGUGAGUGGAAAAGAAUACACUAACAAGUACGGGUUGUCACUGGCUUACGUACUUCCUGUGCUUGAGCGUCUACGACUACCUCCAUCUCUUCGACCUCAGCAGACAAAUAAAACUAUUGGAGUAGAGUUGUCCCACAUUAGCUUGGCUGGUGCAACUACAUUGGGAAUGUCUCAAAAUCGCUCGUCUGAAUUCUAUGUAAAAUCAAAAGAGAACGGUACAAUACCCCGUCCCCUGUAUGUCGUUUCUCAUCUGAGGCCUCUGCCUGCAGAUUCGUCUUUACGAGUCGGAGAUGUGUUAAUAAGCGUAAAUGGAAAAAUGAUAACUAGAGUUUCAGAUCUUUAUGAAUUUGAAGGAUGCUCAGAACUAGACGCAGUAAUACUUCGUGAUGGAGACGAAGUAGAUUUAAAGGUCCCUUUGUAUCCAGACUUUUCUACGUAUAGUUCUCGUGUUGUCUCUUGGAUGGGAGCCGUCGUACAUUCAACACACAGAAGUGUUUACGAACAAGUGGAGCCUGGUGUUGAUCUCCCUGGUCCAGAUGGUGUUUAUGUCGGAAGUAUUUUAUAUGGAUCUCCAGCAUUGAAUAUGCUUCGAGCCGCACAUUGGAUUGUGGCUAUUGAUGGCAAGCCAAUUAACAAUUUCUCCGAUUUUGAGAAGAUUAUCAGCGAGAUACCUCCUGAGCCUUACAUCCAGGUAAAACAAAUGAAUCGUCGAGGUGCAACACUGUUAGUUAGCAUUCGCCCUGAUACUCGUUUUUGGCCUACAUAUGUUAUUGAGCGAAAUCCUGAUGGCGAUUGGAACACGAGAUAUCUUAUCAAAGUCAUUAUUUAG